ACAGAGAGGCCGCAGAAAUACAGUACCAAACAGGGGUGUCUGGUUCACAUUGUUUAGGUUUCCAUCUGAAUAUGGAGAUGAGCUCAAGAUUUGCUGAGAUGAUAGAGUUGGACAUGAAAGAUGCAGACUCAGACCCAGAUGAGCUGGUGUUCUUGGGCAACGACAGUGAGAGCUGUGAUCCAGGCCAGCCCUGUGUCCAAAACGCAGAUGCGUGUCUCCCGAUUGAGACCCAAGGCGUCUCACUCGCUGUCCUGUCAGCCAUGCCAAGUUACACCAUCACGAGGCGAAAGGCAGAACUGAAGAGUCUGAAGACUGUGUCCAGAAAGGAGGGUGUGUGUAGGAUUCGAAAUAUGCCCCUGAGUGUGGACGAAAAGAGAUGUCUGCGAAGAGAAAUGCGUCUAGAUGCAGAGGACCCUUCCGCUAGCACAGCCUUUCAGUGCACUUGCCAUCAAUUUGCUCUAAGGAUGGGAAAGCUGCGUAUGCACUUGUCCAAUCUCUUCAGCGUUAAGCCAUGGAGGGGCACACUGAAGCAGGUCGGCGCUCGCUUUGGCACGGUGGUCCUGUCCUAUUUCCUCUUCCUGCGGACCCUCCUGCUCUACAAUGUCAUCAUGGCCCUCCUCGUGGGCAUUUUUGUGGUGCUGCCACAAGCCAUACUGGGCCCAGAUCAGCCUCAACCCCAGAACCAGAACUUCACAGGCCUGGAGCUUCUCACUGGGGAGGGAUACUUCAGCAACUCACUGAUGUUCUACGGCUACUACACCAACAGCAGCCUCAGGCUGGCCAGUAUUGUCUCGAAUUGUACGGAGCCAAUUAAUUUGGGCUACAGCAUCCCCUUGGCCUACAUCCUCAUCAUCAUCAUCUCUUUCUUCGUCACCUGUGUUAUGCUAGUAUACAGUGUUUCAAAGUCUCUGGGUAAGAGCUUGCUGUCUGAGGGGGGCUUGACGACGUGCGUCUUCUGCUCCUGGGAUUUCAAAGUCACCAAGAAAUCAUCCAUCCUCCUGAAGCAAGCCAACAUCAGCACACAGCUAAAGGAACUGAUAUCCGACAGUGUGGCCGAGCGGAGGAAAAGAGAAGGGAUUGUGUGCCAGUGGCUGAAGGGUGGACUAGUAUGGACUGUUUGUCUGGGCAGCACUGGGAUCUGUGUCUUGGGCAUCUACAUGUAUAUUAAAUAUAAGAAACGCCUCCACCUGGAAGAGAAUGUCUUAGGGCUGCCUAUUCUGGUGAGCGCUGUAAAUCGGCUGCUGCCAGGCCUUUUCAGAACCGUAGGCAGUGUGGAAUAUUACCGGUCCCCCAGCUCACGGGCUUAUGUGGCCAUCUCAAGAAACUUGCUGCUGAAGACAAGCAUUCUCACAAUGCUUUUCUUUCACUGGAUGACAGAGUCGGAGAUUGGUUUCAGAAGAAACAAUCGUCAGUGUUGGGAGACCUAUGCUGGGCAAGAGCUGUACCGGUUUAUGGUUGCAGACCUAAUCGUGACCCUGCUGUCCACCAUUUUGGGAGAGUUCUUCUGGAGCCAGUGUGUGCUGGGGAGGAAGAGGAGACAGACGUGGCCUGCGUUUGACAUCGCACAGAAUGUUCUGGACCUUAUCUACGGGCAGACUCUGGCCUGGGCAGGAGUGCUGUUCUCUCCAUUGCUGCCAGCUAUUCAGAUUCUCAAGCUACUUGUACUUUUCUACACAAAAAAGGCAAGUCUACUACGGAACUACCGUCCAUCCCACCAACUGUGGAGAACCAAUCAGAUGAACACAAUCCUCACCACUCUCCUCUGUUUCCCUGCCUUCACUGGGGCUCUUGUGUUUGUGGCCUACGGUAUAUGGAUAGAAAAGCCAGACCACACCUGCGGUCCUUUCCGGUCACUUCCCACAAUGUUUUCACUGGAGGACCAGUGGAAGGAAUUGGAGACGUCCCACGCUAGUUUGGCAUGGCUGUCUGUGGUCUACUCUACACUGAGGAAACCCCUCUACCUCAACAUCAUCUCCACAUUUCUCAUGAUGGUGAUUUAUGGGUAUAGACAAAAAACUGAUGGCCAAAAAAAACUCAUUGCCUUCUUGAAGAUGCAGAUCAGAAAUGAGGGGGAGGAUAAGCAUUUUCUCAUCAGUCAACUGAGGGAGCAGGACCACCAUAAGUGAUGACAAGACAUGACCAAAGGACUACCAGAGACAGAGGGAUAUAGGAACUCAGGAAAUAUUGUUUUUAUUAACAAUGCUUGUGAUUUUAUGUCACAAAUAAUAUAGUAUUAUAUACAAUGUGUGUUGGAUAUACUGUAUGCUGCAACUGUGCCUGCCUGCCUGCCUGCUUUUCUCUCUCUCUCUCCCUCUCUCUCUCUCUCUCUCGCCCUCCCAUA